CAGGUUUACUUGAAAUGAAGGAUUAAAAGCAUCUUCUUCAAUUCACACCUUCUCAUUCCAGCCGCCCAUUACAAAAAAAUAGGCCAUCUUUCUCCGACGACAACAAACAAAAAGCCACGUGUACCGUUUUUGUAAGGUUCCGACCAGCCAAUUCGUAACCCCACAACAAGUCAUAUGAACUAUUUCUUUCCCCUGCCGUGGCGCUUUCCCAUUGGUCAUUUGCAACACCAUGCCGAUUAAAAUAAAACGCGUGCGCUAAGAAAUAAUCAGAUGCAUCGCACUCCGCGCUGGUCAAAUCAAGAUCCAAUAAAAAAAUUAAUUUCAUUUUUUGGCUCUUUGCUGUAGGGUUUAAUAGUGAACUCUCGCUUCACUGCCUCUUUCGCAGAAGCCGGAAAAAAUCUCGCCGCAUAAAUUUUGUUUCUUUUUCUUCCACUGAAAAACCUAUCUACAGAUUAAAACGGGCACGGAAUUUAUAAACCGAACCGAUUUUUUAUAAACAUGGAAGAAACGGCGAUUAGUUGCUCGGAAUUGAGAACCGAAGCAGCAACGGAGUGUUCGGAUCUUGGAAACGGGUCAUCGGCUUCAGGUUCUCCAAUUGUUGACCUUGCUAAGAGAAAGAUCGUGUUCCAUCCAGCAAGGAAGCCCUUUAAUGGGUUCAAAAAUUGUGGGAGUGGGGAUUUUAGAAUUGAGACGCUAAAUCCUUGGCUGGAUCCGAAGCGGGUAAACGGGGUGGGGUCGGGUCAAGUGGGUGCUACAGGAAGGAAGGUUGAUGGGUCUGAUAUGUGGGAGCACGGGUUGGAUACAGUUCUCAGUUUGAGGAUUACCUUUCGCAAAAUUGGUGCUGGUUUGGAGAAUCUUGGAAACACUUGUUUUCUUAAUUCAGUAUUGCAAUGUCUGACAUACACAGAGCCUUUAGUAGCUUACCUACAAAGUGGCAAGCAUCAAAAUUCUUGCCGUAUUGCUGGAUUUUGUGCCUUAUGUGCCAUCCAUAAACAUGUUAGCCGCGCUCUACAAUCAACUGGGAGAAUAUUGGCACCGAAUGAUCUGGUCUCAAACCUACGAUGUAUAUCUCAGAAUUUCCGAAAUUCUCGACAAGAGGAUGCACAUGAGUACAUGGUAAACCUGCUGGAAUCCAUGCACAAGUGCUGCUUACCUUCAGGAGUACCAAGUGAAUCUCCUAGUGCUUAUGAGAAGAGUUUGGUGCACAAGAUCUUUGGUGGUCGCCUUCGUAGUCAGGUGAAAUGCGGGCAGUGUUCUUAUUGCUCCAAUACUUUUGAUCCCUUCCUUGAUUUAAGUCUUGAAAUAGUUAAGGUAGGUUCCUUGCAUAAAGCACUUAAAAACUUCACUGCUGCGGAGCUUUUGGAUGGAGGGGAGAGGCAAUAUCAAUGCCAACGCUGCAAGCAGAAAGUUAAGGCAAUCAAACAACUCACAGUUUACAAUGCACCUCAUGUACUUGCAAUCCAUCUAAAGAGAUUUCAAGCACACGAUAUUGGGCAAAAGAUUGACAGUAAAGUUGAAUUUGGUCCGACCUUAGACAUGAAGCCUUUUGUCAGUGGUUCUAAUGAAGGAGAUUUGAAGUACACUCUUUAUGGCGUUCUGGUUCAUUGUGGAUGGAGCACUCAUUCUGGCCACUACUACUGUUUUGUUCGCACAUCAAGUGGCAUGUGGUACUCCCUUGAUGACAAAAGGGUUGUCCAGGUCAGUGAGAGGACUGUUUUGGAGCAGAAGGCUUACAUGUUGUUUUAUGUUCGUGACAGAAGAAAUACUGCUCAAAGAAAACCUGCUGAUAUUCUUCAGAGAGAUGACUUAAAAGCAAAUGUGAAUGGAAAGUCUAUUUUUAGUCAAAAUCCCAAGGCACAUGUGCAAACUGGUCCUGUUCAGAAUAAAUUAUGUGCUUUAGGCACUUCUGCUGUUAUGCGUCAAAAGGAUACUGCUAAUGGUGGCUUAUCAAAGGAGACAAUGCCAUAUCAGCAAAACACUGUGCAGCAAAUGGCAGAAAGCUCAGUGCUUAAAACGGAGUCCGUUCAACCCUCUUCCAAUGUGCCAUUAUUCAAGGACUCAUCACAAGCAUCUGCUUCAAACUUAGUUCAUGGUGACAACUUGCAACCAUCAACGGGUUCUGUGGUUGUUAAUGUUGAGAGUUCUAAUAUUGAAAAUUCAACUGUUACUACUGGUGCCAAAGAUGGUGACUGCAAUGAGAGUGGAAAUUGUAAAAGGGAAUUUGGAGUCCCUUUGAUGAUAUCACCCAAUUGUGGUGGUCUCCAUAACUCAGGCACUGAUAAGAUUGUGACUAGAGAGGCCUUGCAGAAGAUUAAUCAUGCUUCAAACUUUGAGGUUUCAAGGUUUGUUGCAUUAGAUAAAGCAGUGAAGAAAGUUCCUGAUGAAGCUUUAUCUAUGAGUACUACUGAUGAAACAUUGAAGAAUGUUCAUGCGAUUAGGUCUCCAAAUAAGCCAAACUGUGAGAGUAAUAAGAUCGGAGAUGUUUCCAACCAUAGUACCAGUGAUAAGUCACUGAAUGAGAAGGGAGAUGAUAGUAGCCAAAAAAUUAUUUCCAAAUUGCCUUUGAGCAUGCCAAAUGGAUCCUUGGAGAUUGAAGCUCCUGAAUGUGCACUGUGUAGAAAAUCAAAGAAGAAGCGUCUGAAGCGACAGCUUAAAAGCAUGCAUAUUGGCUUAAAAUCAAAAUUUUUUGUGGCAUCUCUACGCAUGCCCAGCAAGAAGAAAUAUAAAAGGAGCAGGAAACGCACAUUAGAUGCUCACAUUCUUUGUAAAGAAAUUUUGUUGGAUAAGGAUUGUUUAUCAUCAGAUCUGGGGCCAUCUACAUCUGAGAAUUCCAGCAAAAUCACUUUAGCUUCGGUUCAUGUGAGGAAAAAGGCAUCCAGUGAUAGUACUCUGAAAAAUGUUAACAGUAGUCCAAGUUCCUUGAUGAAUACCGUAGAUGGAGUAUUUGGAGAGAGGAUUUAUGAGAAUGGUGUUGUUCUUGCAACUGAUCAACAGGUAGAUAGGAGUUCUGGCUCAGUAUCAGAGGCAAACCGGCAUAACUCUAGAGAAACUGAUUCUUUGAAACAUAGCAAAAUAGGUGCAUCUCCACAUAUGCAGGUGCUUACCCAGGGUCUAGGGGAGACAACCGUUGCAAGAUGGGAUGAUAUGGACUUUGAGUCGCCUGCGCAGACUGUAGAAGCAAAUGGUUCGGAAAGUCUCAAAAUUGGAUACGUUCUGGAUGAAUGGGAUGAAGAAUAUGACCGUGGUAAGAGGAAGAAGAUAAGGCAAAAUAAGCACAACUUCGGUGGUCCAAAUCCUUUCCAACAAAUUGCCACCAAGAAAACACAGUUAAAGAAGUCGAAAUUGGACCAUUCUAACUCUGGAAAUCGACCGUUCAGGAUAUGAAGUAGUAACCCAUAUCAAUUUGGAGCAAUUUUUGACCUCUCUUUCUGCUAUUAUAUUUUAUGUAGUAGUUGUCAGUCUUUUUUAACGUGGUCUAAAUUGUAUUUUGUAAUCAGGAGAGUGUUUGAGGUAGAGAAAAAAGAAUACUGAAAAAAUUCAGAUUUUUUUUUUUUUUUUUUUUUUUGUGUUUCGACCUUUUUAAAAUUUCUCCGUCAGGGAAAGAGAGACAUGAUUGAAUAUCAAUGUGUUAACUUAGUUUUUGACUCACACCAUAGCCCAAACGGAUCUCUUUGUUAGCAAUAAUUACAACUGUAAUCGAGUCGAGUUAAUAUAAUAAGAAGUUCGAGUUUGACUCUCAACUCGAGGUUUGAUAUUCGAUUCGAAUUCGAUUGAGUUUUAUUUUUUUAAUUCGAGUUCGAUUUGUGAUUGAAAUCGAGUUACUUGAAUUAAUUCGAUUGAAUACGAUUAAUAUGUUAAAAUAA